AUGCACACCAUACACUUGGCUAACUGCUUUUUCAGAGAUUUCGAUGACUUGAUGAAUUGUCUUCGACUCGUCUCCUUCGACUGCAUCUCAAUCCCAGUAUUUGAACGGUUUACGCACUGGUACGGCAAGGUGAACGAAGAGGCGGUUGCAUACGUACAGAAUCAUGCAUUUUUCGAAUACGCUUGUGGAAUUGGCAAACCAGCAUUCCUCGCCAACCACGACUGUCUUUCAAGAGCAUUCACAACACAAUCACUGACACAACGUAUCAACCAAUGUUUGCCAACCGAUUCGGAUAUGUGCACAAGAGCAAUGUCAGCUGUAGAAUGUGUGAAAGACUCGCUGAGGGUGGAGUGUUCACCAUCGGCUGGCUCGGCUGCUUGUGGAGCUGCGACGAACAUCGCUCAAAGAGCCCAAGAAGUCGGUCCAAUGUGUAUUCAGGAGAUGAAUAUCAGAUGUUCCACAUCGACGGCUUUCCUUUUGAUCGCAAUCAUCCUCGCGACUCUGCAACACCUUACUGCUGUAGAAAUGUUGUAUGUUAAUUGUUAA